GUUGUAACCAGCCUACGAUCGUUUGUCAUCCCAAACGCAACUUUCGAUCGAGUUUUUCCUGUCGUGCAUAGGUGCGGUGCAUCUCACGUUGCCGAAGGUGGUCAUAUAUCCCGCACUUAUGGGACGAUUAACUCGACACACUUCAUAUGCCCCUCGAAGAGCAUUCUUUGUCCUCCCACAACCGUAUGCUAGGCCAUAGCAAUGAAGUCGGGGGAACUGCCAAUGGAGAAUCCGAGCCACCGACGAAGAAGAGACGGACUUUGGAUGCCUACAUCGAGAUCGAGAAGCCUGGAAAUGGUGUAUGCCAGCUUGUGCACCCUGAAGUUGAAGAGCGCCAGGACGAGACUACUUCGGAUAUUGAGACCGAGGGGAAGCAUCCUGACGACGAACGACAGCCGACCGACCUGGAAAGCGCUCUUCCUCCUAUAGAGACGGAUGAACAGGCGAUUGACGAGUACGAAUCAUACCGGUCGUCACAAGAGGGCCGAAAGGCACUGGAAGGACGAUUGAAAGAACGGAAGUGGAUCAUUGGACAGAGCUCAAUAUACGUUGAUGCCUUCAAUCUUGCACUUGAAACGGUCCUAGAGGAAGAAAGCCAUUUGUUCAACGAGGCAGAACGCGCGAUAUUUUAUAUCUGGAGAAGCUUAAGUUAUGAGGCACAGUACCUCUAUGUCAGGCUCUUCCUCCGAAAAACGUCGGCAUGGCAUCGAGUAUCGAGCCUCGGGUAUUUCAGCGAUAUUUCGGAUCUGGAGUCCGCGCUUGAGACUUUACAAACCGUGAGAGAUCUCCCGACCGUAGAAAACGAAGAGCAGUCACAUCCCAACGGACUUGAGUUACCUGAAGGGAUGACACUAGGCUGCAGCUUUACUUUUGCCGGCCGAUCAGAACAGGAGAUAAAGACGCUCGAAGAGGCUUCUUCGUUACUGAAGCUGGAUGAGCUGAAAGUGUUUGCGAAAGAGGCAAAAGUUCAGGGCAAGAACAAAACCGAAUUGUUGCAGGCACUUCGCAAGACCAGUCGAAAACAGGCUGGUCUCGGGUGGGUGAAGAGAUCCAAUACGGAAGAAACGACGGAGUCGAGAAGCGGUAGUAAUACGCCCAAGGUUGAGAAUGAUAUGAACCUCGACGCGCAUUUCCUUGACAAGAUCCUUAAAGAAACCGGUCCAUGCAUCCGGCUGAGCCUUCCAGUUCUAAAGUUGUUUGAACGGGUACAUCUGGUCUUCUAUCGGUCUACGGAAUGGACCGAGAAAUCGCUGACCGCCAUCAUUCUCUCCCGGAUCUCGCGCCGCAAUUUCCCGGACUACAUUGUUUCCCGGUCCGCCUCCAUAUUCGACUCCCGGGCGUUGCUGAUCGAAUACGAGAGCGCUCUUCGGGCGCAAUUCCGCGUCGAUAACCUUCUGGAAUUCAACGGACGACCGACUGAGGAGGCUCUGCAGGAUAUCAUAGAUGCCUUCGAAGCGGUCUAUCCGCGAUGGAAGACGUUGCUCGCGGAAGAGCAACGGAAAGAGGACAGCAUAUUUCACAGCGGUGAGGGUGCGUAUCUGCGGCGCCUCUCGCCGGCGUGGGUGUAUACCCGGAUCAUCCACAAAGCGGUGCACGUCCUUGGGAAGCAGAAGCAGCACCUCCGAGAGCACGCCGUUCUGUCUGACCUGCUUCAGCAGCGGUUGUUCCACGCCUCGCGGCGAGGCGCUUGGUAUCAGCGCAAGGCGUUGCUCGAGGAGCACUACAUGCGAAAUCUGAUGCCAGACGAAGGCCGCAACGAAGCGGCGCAGAAGAAGCACUGGACGCGAGUUGCAUUGCGUACUUGCGAAGAAGGGUUACAGGACCCUCUCGUUCACAUUGUCCACCACUACGACCUACAGAAGCGGAUCACGAAACUGGAGCGCCAACUCAAGAUCGCGAAGCGAGCACAGCAUGACUUUGCGCAUGUCCGUCUCGCGAAGCCGACCGAAAACACGAUAUCAGGGAUCCGUGUGGAGAAGUCGACGAGCCGGCCAAAUAACGAAGGCAAGCGGGGGUCCGCAACCGUCUGGCUUGACCCCCUGGAGGACGACGGUCUCUGCCGAGUUGAGUCCCUAUGUCUGUCACACUAUCGCUCGGAAGGAUGGAAGGGCUUCCACACCGAAGGUGGGAUCCUCCGCACCUUGUUCGCCUAUCUGUUCUACGAUGUCCUAUUCGCGUAUGUCCCUCACGUAUUCCAAACGUCCUUUCAGACAUGCCCGUUGGACCUGCACACCGAUGCGUUUUAUGCGGCGCGGAUGAGCGAGAUCAAUGGGCGGUUGGCGCAGAUUGCGAACGGUGGCACGGAACGGCUGAUUCGCAACGUGUACGAUGAGCACCACGAGAAGCGGACGUGCGUCGUGGGAUUGGAUUGGAAUUUUGAUAUUGACGACGUGCUAGAAAUCGCGGUGUGCUUCGAUGGCGAGGCCUUGGCUACGAUAUGCAAAGUGAUGGCCCAGGAGUACGCGCAGAGAGGAAGCGGAGUGCCGGACCUGUUUCUGUGGCGCAUGGGCCGAAAGGAAGUCAUGUUCGUCGAAGUCAAAAGCGAGAACGAUCGAUUAAGCGAUAACCAGAGGCUUUGGAUACACGUAAUGACGGGUGCGGGCGUAAAAGUUGAGCUUUGCAAUGUCAUUUCUAAGGAGGUACGGUAUCUCGACUAGCAGUGUCUCCUGAUGGACGACGAGCGUUUGGAUUGGCCACGACGGGAUGACAAUUAGUAGCUGCGGGGGAGAU